ACAUCAAUAAUGUCGAGCAUUUGCAGAACGGGCCGUAGACUAUUGAACCGGGUUCUCACCAUAUCGACGCCGUAUAUCCAUCGGCCACACCGUUCCAUCGCCACCGUAGCUUUCGAAGAAGUCCGGUCUUCGCCGGAAAAACCUUACGAUUGUACAGCUUUUAUAAUCCACGGCCUCUUAGGUUCCGGUCGAAACUGGCGAUCCUUCUCUCGUUCUCUCGCUUCCUCCCUUUCUGCAGAUGGCGUAAAUUGGAGGAUGGUUCUUGUGGAUUUGCGGAAUCAUGGGAACUCUGCUAAAAUUGAAGGCUUCGUGCCACCGCAUGAUAUGGAAAAUGCAGCAAAAGAUGUCGCUAAUUUGAUGAAUUCACAGGGUUGGGAUUGGCCUGAUGUUGUUAUAGGGCAUUCCAUGGGUGGCAAAGUUGCCUUGCAAUAUGCUGAGAGCUGUUCUCGUGGGGCAUACGGACAAUCGGCUCGAUUGCCCAAGCAGCUCUGGGUAUUGGAUUCUGUCCCUGGAAAGGUGAACCCUGAAGAUAGCAACAGAGAAGUAGAGAAAGUUAUGCAGACGCUGCAGAGCCUACCUUCAUCAAUCCCAUCUCGAAAAUGGCUGGUAGAUCACAUGUUGAAACUUGGGUUUUCUAAGGCAUUGUCAGAAUGGCUGGGCAGCAAUCUUGAGAAAUCAGGGGAUAACAUGAUGUGGACGUUUAAUAUUAAAGCUGCUGUAGAGAUGUUUGAUUCUUACAGGGAGGAAGAUUAUUGGCCUUUGCUGGAGCACCCACCUAAAGGGACAGAGAUAGCGAUUGUGCGUGCUGAGAAAAGUGAUAGGUGGGAUUCAGAGACUGUCCAGAAACUCGAAAGCAUUGCCUCUAAUGGAACUGGUGGAUCCGAAGGCAAGAUGUCAUAUCAUCUCCUUCCCAACUCUGGUCAUUGGGUUCAUGUCGAAAAUCCAAAGGGGCUUCUUGAAAUUAUAACUCCCAAAUUAGCUUCUCUUGUUUAGCAAGUUUCUUUUCUGGUUUAGCAAGUUUUUUUUUUCCGAUUCAUUCUCUGGGAUUUGUUAUAUGCCAAGUGAAAGAGAACAUGUGAACUUACUUUUUGCCAUACUUGAGCAUUCUGUGCUUGCAUAUCUGAUAUCCUUCACUAUUGUUUCCUGCUUUCAAUAAUUGAAAAGUGAUGAAUUCCAUUGUUGCAAGAAUCUGGUUUCCAAUA